CCAGUAAGUGAUUUGCCAUUCUGCACACUUCACUUGUUGGUUGCGCUGCCAGUUCAUUUUUCGUCUCUCACAGCUGCUUACAGCUACUAUAGUACAGGCUUUCAAUUUUGACGAUUGAUACAAGGAGUGGUAUAUAGACCACAGAUCCCAAGAGAACAAUGUUCACGUGCUCGAAGCAAUGGCUUUUCUCGCCGAAUUUUUUCCAAAUGGCAUCCGGCCAUACAAAGGUAUGGCAGUUAGGACAGCAGUGCAGCAUUUUGCAGAUGAAAGAAUACUGGCUGGUGUGGUUUACCACAAGGACGGCUGCUUUUGCUCUACCCACCAUAGAUGUUUGGCGGAUGAGAAGAUGAAGGCUCACAAAGCUAAGGAGAUUCCAGGAUACCAUGUAUAUUACACUGCUACCUUGAGAGGCAUGAAAGGAUAUCGCCUUGAUUCUCUCAAGCGCAAGACUUUGCCAGAAAGACGGGAUGUGCUCUUUGAUGAGAGCAAGCUGUACAAGGAUCGCGCUGAAGUUCCUGCUCCUACUUUCAUGGAACUCCAGCUGGUGGAUACAGUUCAUGUGACUACAGCUCCUUCGCAAGUCCUGUUGCUGCCUCUUGCUCCUGGUGGUGGUAACGUGGUGGUUUCUCCAGCACUGCCACCAUGCCCUCCAGCUACACCUCUGCCAGAAGCCACCUCUGUCUUCAAGAGCCUGGGGUGUGUUCCUCUUGCAGUAGAAGGAAACGUGUACCUAUACAAGUGUGGUGACGAUUUUCUCCUGUUUGCUGUGUACGUUGACAACUGCAUUCUCGGUGCAAAAACCCGCCACCUGCUGGACGAGAUGAAAAAGAAGCUGAGUGAAGAAUUUGAGAUGUUUGACCUGGGCGAGCUUCGCCAUUUCCUUGGCAUCCAAAUUAUAUGCAAUCGAGGAGCACGCACCUUGAGCUUGACACACGCUCAGGAGCAUGCACCUUGA